AUGGCCGACAAGCUGCGCAACCAGCAGGAGCUCGAACGUCUCCAGGCCAAAUAUAUCGGAACUGGCCACCCGGAUACCUCUAGCUGGGAGUGGCGGACGAAUAUCCAGCGAGAUACCUAUGCCUCUAUCGUCGGCCACCGGCCGCUUCUCACAUACAUCUCGUUGGCUGAAAACGAGCCAUUGACGAAGACGCGGGCUCAAAUGAUCAGGAAAAUGAUCCAGCCAUGCGGGCCUCCACCACCUCGCGAAGAUUGA